CAGGCAGGGUCUAUUCGUGUCCUUCCUCCUCCGGGUCCUCCCCCUCGCGUCCCCGCAUCCUCCGCCCCCUCCUUUCUCUGCGCCUUCUCCCUGGCCGCGGGCAGACAGCUCCACACAGCCGCAGCGCCUGUUGUGUGCACGGCCCGUGGGACACACGCACGCCCACAACCACCCCCGCCUGGCCGCACCCCUGCCCAGCAUGUCGGCGCUCGAGUGGUACGCCCACAAGUCUCUGGGCGAUGGCAUCUUCUGGAUUCAAGAACGCUUCUACGAGUCGGGCAACCGUGCCAACAUCUGGCUGGUGCGCGGUUCAGAGCAGGACGUGGUGAUUGACACAGGCCUGGGGCUACGCAGCCUCCCGGAGUACCUCUACUCCUCCGGCCUCCUGCAGGACUGCGGGGCCAAAGACGACACGGCGCGCCGGCCGCUGCUGGCUGUGGCCACCCACGUGCACUUCGACCACUCCGGCGGCCUCUACCAGUUUGACCGCGUAGCCGUGCACCACGCCGAGGCCGAGGCGCUGGCUCGCGGGGACAACUUUGAGACCGUGACCUGGCUGUCCGCUAGCGAGGUGGUGCGGGCGCCCAGCCCCGGCUGGAGGGCCAGGCAGUUCCGGGUACAGGCGGUGCAGCCCACCCUCAUCCUGCAGGAUGGGGAUGUGAUCAACCUUGGUGACAGACAGCUCACUGUCAUGCACAUGCCUGGUCACUCCAGAGGCAGUAUUUGCUUGCACGACAAGGACCGCAAGAUUCUCUUCAGUGGAGAUGUGGUGUAUGACGGGUCACUGAUUGACUGGCUCCCAUAUAGCAGGAUAAGUGACUAUGUUGGAACAUGUGAACGUCUGAUAGAAUUAGUGGACAGAGGUCUGGUAGAGAAGGUGCUUCCUGGGCACUUCAAUACUUUUGGUGCUGAAAGGCUUUUUCGAUUGGCUUCCAACUAUAUUUCAAAAGCAGGGAUAUGUCACAAAGUUUCUACUUUUGCUGUACGUUCUCUUGCAAGUUUAGCUCUACGGGUAACAAAUUCUAGGACCUCACCCUAGUAUCUAUACCAGUAAUCUAUUUUGAUUAAGUAUAUAAAUUAAUCCAGUUCAUUCUGUGCUAUUUAAAUGGUUAGUAGUGAGCAUUUCAAUAAUGCUUACUAUUCUUUAUACCUUUAUUGUAUAUUAGAAAAAAGAGAUUGAGAAUGAAUAAGCCAAAAAAGGAAAUGCUUUAGUUUAAUUUGUUUUCUUUCUUCCAAUUAAGAGACCACUUAAGUAAGCUUAUAAUUUGCCAAAGCUGUCAUGUUGUAAUAUUUGCUCUAGAAACGCCGUAAAAGUAGACGGGAAAGCAAGGAAGUAUUUUAUAGCAAGCGAAAGAACUGUCCUUGCCUCCUAUUUGUUUUAUUUUGUUUCCUAGAUGAUCUAGGAAAAAGGGAAUGUGAAGUUUUAUGUUUAUACUCCCAAGUUGAUAUUUUUUAGAAUAUUAUUUAAAGAUAAAGAUUCUUGAAUUUAAAAUACAUUAUAACUUAAUACACACAUAUAAACUAACAUUUAGAAUGACAGCUGAAACAUUCCAUUUUUCUGAUCUGAAUUUUUUAUGCUAUCAUGUAUUAUUUAUGUAAUUAUUGCACACAUGAUGUUUGUAAUUUAACUUAAGGAAAGUAAAAUGAAUUUUGUUUUGUUGCAGAGCUUUAAAUAUCAAUUGCACCGUGUUUCAGUAAAAGGCUACUAUAUAUUGUUGUUUGUUAUUAUGUAAGUAAUAUUUUUGAUCAUAAAAGUGAAUUUCAAAUGUCUAUAAUCUAACUGCAAAUUGUCAGAUUUCU